UUCACUCUAUAUAACAACCAUCUUCUUUCCCCCAACGCUACUUGAUUCCAAAACAAACAACUAGCGUUCAUUCUCAUCUUUCUCCAUAUUCACAAAUUUCAAAUUCUCUCUCUGUUCACCUUCAACAAUGACGUCCUACUCACGAAGAUCAAGGUAUUCGCCCUCUCCCUCACCCUCACCCUCGCCAUACAGGCGUUACGGUAGGUCUUUGUCCAGGUCUCUCUCAAGGUCCAGAUCCGGAAGCCGUUCAAGGAGCAUAUCACGAGAUGCUGAAAAUCCGGGAAACAAUUUGUAUGUGACGGGACUGUCUCCUAGGAUCACCAAGAGAGAACUGGAGAAGCAUUUUGCUGCUGAAGGAAAAGUGGUAGAUGUUCAUCUGGUUGUUGAUCCAUGGACAAGGGAGUCCCGUGGUUUUGGAUUUGUGACAAUGAGUACUCUAGAAGAAGCUGAUCGUUGUGUGAAGUAUCUGGAUCGUUCCGUACUUGAAGGGCGUGUUAUCAUGGUGGAGAAGGCUAGAAGACGACGCGGUCGAACCCCGACACCUGGGAAAUAUCUAGGUCUCAGGACUAUUCGAGGACGGCGUCGUUCUCCAAGCUACUCUCCUCGACGUUCUCCUAGCUAUUCUCCGUAUAGAAGAAGCUACAGUCGAUCACCUUCUUAUCGUAGUAGAAGUCGCUCCUACUCUCCUGAAUACAGGCGAAGGAAGUCCUACUCUCCUGAAUACAGGCGAAGGACGUCUUACUCUCCUGAAUACAGGCGAAGGAGGGCAUACUCGCCAUACUCUAGCCGACACAAGUCAUACUAUCAUUAUGAUAGACACAGGUCAUAUUCCCGGUCUCGCUCUCCUUACAGCAGGUCUCCUGUCAGCAUGCGUGACCGAUCACACUCUCCCUAUGACUCUAGAUAUGACUCACCUGAUGAUAGCUACUACAGAAGGUACCGUUACAGGUCAGUAUCCCGUAGUGUUUCACCCAAACCAAGGAGGUCAAGGAGGAGGAGCUACUCAAGAAGUGUCUCUCCUGUUCGAAGUGUCUCCCCCAGGCCAAGGAAGAGAUCAGGAAGGAGUCAUUCAAGAACCUCUAGAAAGAGUGCUGGUUAUUCCAAACUUAAGCAUUCUCGAUCAAGAAGUUCAAGUGUAAGAGCGAGUUCUAGAUCGUUUUCAAGGUCGAAUACUCCUGGAUCUACAUCUCCUUCAAAUUGAACAACUAGUCUGUCCUAAGAUUGGCUUUAAUAGUAGUCCUAUUAGCGUAGAAGCAUAUAUUGAGUAGUAGGUGGAGAUACCUGCGUAGAAGCAUAUAUUGGCUUUAAUAGAGUUCUUAGUUCUUUAGUUUUGCUCAGGACUUGUAUUGAGAUACCUGAUGUCGUGUUAUAUAUACUGUUGGUACUUGAAUUACUUUUCUAUGCUCUAAACCAAUCAUUGUAGUUUCUCAAGGUUUCAUUGUAAUUUUUAGAUCAUGUCCUUCGUUUA